CCUUCCCUCCCACGUGCCUUUCCCUUUGUAUCUCCUCCCUCCUCUUUCGCUUUCCUUUCUUCCCUUUACAUAUCUAUUUUUUCUCCCCUUCCUCUGUCAUCGUUCACAGCCAUGGCGGCGAGGAAGGCUGCAGGGGAAGGAGAGGAAGAAGGGCAGGCCAGCGAGGAUUCCGAGGAGGAGGAGGAAGAAGAGGAGGAGGAGGAGGAAGGCUACUGCGAGUACGACUCUACCUGGGAGGAGGAGGAGGAUGAGGAUGGAGGAGGAGGAAGAAAAGCAAGGCUGAAGGAGGCUCCAGUGGCAUCAGGACCCAAAACCCCCGAAAAGCAGAGCUGGUGGGCCUCAGGUGGACAGGAGCAGCGAAAGACAAACCUUUUGUCAGUGGGUUUUAGAAGAUGUAAGAACACAAAGAGACGCAACUGGAUGGCAGCAAGAGAUAUGCAGAAGUACAGGUGGCGUUAUCCGGAUUUGGAAGAAACUGAUGUAGAAGAGGCAGAAAUGUGGAAUCUAAGCUUUUACAAAAAUGAGAUUCGUUUCAUGCCUAACGGCCUCCAUAUUGAUGACCUCCUUGAGAAGUGGCAGAAUGACUAUGGAAUUCUAGAAGAAAACCAUUCCUAUAUUCAGUGGCUGUUUCCUUUGCGUGAACAGGGGAUGAACUGGCGGGCGAAGCUUCUCACCUGCCAAGAAAUUGAGGCCUUCAAAAAAUCUAAGGAAGUGAUGGAGAGGUUUGUCCGGGCUUACAAGCUCAUGCUGGGAUUUUAUGGCAUCGAGAUGAUCAAUGAAGAAACCGGAGAGCUGAGAAGAGCAGAGAACUGGUGCGAGAGGUUUGAGAACCUCAACCGGUACAGCCACAACAAUUUACGGAUCACUCGCAUUUUGAAAUGCUUGGGAGAGAUGGGAUAUGAACACUAUCAGGUGCGUCUAGUGCAGUUCUUCCUGACAGAGACCUUAGUUCAUCAGAAGCUCCCCAAUGUGUUGAUGAGCGCCUUAGACUACUUCAUGUUCACGGUCCGAAGCAAGCAGAAGCGGCGCGAUUUGGUCCAUUUUGCGUGGCAGCACUACAAACCCAGGAGGGAGUUUGGCUGGGGUCCGCACAAGAAACUCCGGAAAUUCAAGGCUAAGACCCUGGAAUUGGUGGUCAGCUCCAAGGUGGAGAAGGUCAGCGAUGAAGAUGAUAAACAGGUCCAAUUGGAAAGGAAAGAUCUUGCGGAGGAGAGUGGAGCAGAGAGUGAAAACCUCAAGGAAUCCAAGAAGAGGAAGUUGGAAAUGAGCAAAUUAAGUGGGGAGUGCAAUGGGUUACUGAACAGUCCCACUGAUAUUGAGAAGAUCUCCUGCAAUCUCAAAGAGUUUGUGAUUGAUGGCACUUGUCCAGUUCCAGAAGAGACCUCAAGCACAUUGGUGUCUGAAGGAGGCGAUGGAAGCAGUAGAAACAUAAAGGAGUCUGAAACAGUCAGUACGGUGGUUAAAAGGCGAAAAAUUGAGGAGUUGGCACCAGGAGAGGAUGCUGCAGGGAUGUCUGAGAAAGUAGACACCAAGUUGAUACCUUCUGAGAAUCAGGAAACAAUUUGCUCCACUUCCGUUAUUGAGAAGACCGAUCAGGUUUGCCAAGAUGAAACCAAAGUAGAUGCUGCUCCUCCUGCAACCAAUCUGGCCGACAGCAAAAGCACAGGCGAGAACUCACAAGCUGAUUCCCAAACAAGGGCCGAGCCUGAUCUUUCACUCAUUAACCACACUGUGGACAAAACUCCUGAACCUCAAUCUACCUCUUCACCUGAAAAGGAGGAAUCUCUGACCUGUGAUAGCCAGCCAGCCAUUGAAAGAGAAGCUGAUGCCAAGAUAGGUCCAAAAGAGGAGAAUGUGGAAGAAAAAAAAGAGGACGAUGCACAUAAGAACAUAGCGGCAGACCUGGAAAACACUAUAGUAAAGCCUGAAGAAACAGAAAACCCUAUAGCAAGGCCUGAAGGAGAAGAAUAGCUGCCCCAGAUCAGGGUGAUGUACUUCCGCUGGUGCUAAAGGCAUAGGUGUUCACUGGCAGCUCAGUCUGCAGCUUGUGUGGCUUGUUCUUCCCACUGUUAAAAAUAUAUAAGUGUUUAUAAAGCAGGAGGAAUCAGCCUCAGAAGGCCUGGCGGCUUUCAUCAGAUUUCAGCAGACCAUACCUGCCCAGUUUGCAAAACUAGAAGUGUUCUUAAAGAAAGUUGUUAAAAAACCAGGGCGAGUGAAGUAGACUUCUAAGUGGUCAAUUGCACCCUCCCAGGAGCUUGAGGGUGUGCAAAAGAAAUAGUGUUUUAAAAUAAAAUAAAAACGUUUGGUUUGGGAAGGGGGCACUGGGGAAGCACAUUAGGGAUUCUGGCUGCCUAUAUGCAGCACAUGGGCACAUUUCAGUUGUAAACCCAAGUUCUCAUGGGUAAUAUGAAUUUGGGAUAAAGAAAGCAGUGAAACCUGAUAUGUUCUAUUCUUUAAAAAUGUUCUUGUUUUGAUUCUAGUUUUUAAAUAGCUAAAAGAGUACUGAUUUUAAAUAGAAAUGACCUUUGGGGACGAGGCGCAAAAAUAAAUAAAUACAAUUUUGGCCACUUUGUGGACACAUUUUCCAGCAUUUGUUAAAUCAACUUCGUUUGUGUUAAAUAAAAAUCUUGGAUGCAAA